AUGGGCGUUGAUAACGAACAAGUAACCAACGAAAAUUCUAACCACUAUACUUCUGGUGACGCGUGGACACCUUCUACUUGGAGAACAAAAAAAAUCAAACAAAAUGUUUCUUACGAAGAUCAAGAACAUUUACAGAGAGUUACUGAAAAAUUAUACCAUGUGCCUCCUUUGGUAACACCAGCAGAGAUUAACAAACUUCGUCAUCAACUCGAACAAGUCGCGCUUAAUAAGGCUUUUCUAUUACAAGGUGGCGACUGCGCUGAACUUUUUGACUAUUGUUCACAGGAACCUAUCGAAUCAAAACUCAAAGUACUUCUUCAAAUGAGUUUGGUAAUUAUAUGGGGUUCUAGAAUUCCAGUAGUUCGAAUCGCCAGGAUGUGUGGACAAUACGCAAAACCUCGAUCAAAUGAAAUGGAAAUGUAUGAAGGAAAAGAAAUUCACGCUUUCCGUGGUGAAAUUAUUAAUGGAUAUGAACCUUCUGAUAGAAAACCCGAUCCAGAUCGCCUUUUAAGAGCUUAUUUCCAUUCUGCAGCAACACUUAAUUAUGUUAGAUCAAUUAUUGGGUCAGGAUUUGCAGAUUUACAUAAUCCGGACGAAUGGUCGCUUCAUCACGUUCGUUCUAAAGGAACGCGUCGAGAAUACCAAACGAUAGUUGAUCGUCUUACCGACACAUUAAAUUUCAUGAAUACAAUUGGAGCGGACGUGCCAUUUUCUCCUUUAACCAAUUCGUUAAAUAGUGUCGAUUUAUUCAUGUCACAUGAAGGAUUAAUACUUGAUUAUGAACAAUGUAUGACACGUUUGUUGAAAGAUCCAGAAACUCAAAGUCCAAAGUGGUACAACGUUGGAGCUCAUUUCUUAUGGGUAGGUGAUAGGACUAGGAAUAUUGAUGAAGCACACAUCGAGUAUUUUCGUGGAAUUAGUAAUCCUAUUGGGAUUAAAGUUGGGCCUAGCAUGCAACCAGAUGAACUUAAAAAAUUAUUGAAUAUAGUGAAUCCUAAUAAAGAGAUUGGGAAAGUUACAUUGAUUACGCGUUACGGAUGCGAUAAU